UAAGAAGCCCCGCCCUUCGGUUCGGCCCCGCCCUCGCGAAGUUUCUAGGCGACCGCGGUGCAUUCUGGAGAGGAGACCGUUUGACCAGGGCCGCCGCCAAGAUGAUGCCCACACCUGUCAUCCUGCUGAAGGAAGGCACCGAUACUUCUCAGGGAAUCCCGCAGCUGGUUAGCAACAUCAGCGCUUGCCAGGUGAUCGCGGAAGCCGUCCGGACUACGCUGGGCCCCCGGGGCAUGGACAAACUCAUUGUGGACGACAGAGGCAAAACCACCAUCUCCAACGACGGCGCCACCAUCCUGAAGCUUCUGGACGUGGUCCACCCCGCGGCCAAGACGCUGGUAGACAUCGCCAAGUCCCAGGAUGCAGAGGUUGGGGACGGCACCACGUCGGUGACCCUCCUGGCUGCCGAAUUCCUGAAGCAAAUCAAGCCCUACGUAGAAGAAGGCCUCCACCCCCAGAUCAUCAUCCGUGCCUUCCGCGUGGCCACCCAGUUGGCCGUGGAGAAGAUCCGGAAGCUUGCGGUCACUAUCAAGAAGACCGAUCCAACAGAGCUGAGAAGCCUUCUGGAGAAAUGCGCCAGCACCGCCUUGAGCUCCAAGCUGAUUUCCCACCAGAAGGACUUAUUUGGCAAGAUGGUGGUGGACGCCGUCAUGAUGCUGGACGAACUGCUGCAGAUCAAAAUGAUCGGCAUCAAGAAAGUGCAAGGCGGCGCUUUGGAGGAUUCCCAGCUGGUGGCCGGCGUGGCCUUCAAGAAAACCUUCUCCUACGCUGGCUUUGAGAUGCAGCCGAAGAAGUACGAGUCGCCCAAGAUCGCCCUGCUCAACAUUGAGUUGGAGCUCAAAGCCGAGAAGGACAACGCAGAAGUCAGGGUCCACAAUGUGGCGGAUUAUCAGGCCAUCGUGGACGCCGAAUGGAACAUCUUGUACGACAAGCUGGAGAAGCUCCACAAAUCCGGGGCCAAAGUCAUCCUUUCCAAACUGCCCAUCGGGGACGUGGCUACUCAGUACUUCGCCGACAGGGACAUGUUCUGCGCUGGCCGGGUUCCCGAAGAAGACCUGAAGAGGACCAUGAUGGCCUGCGGGGGAUCCAUUCAGAGCAGCGCAAACGCCCUCACGGACAACGUCCUCGGGCGCUGCCUCCUCUUUGAAGAGGCCCAGAUUGGAGGGGAGAGGUAUAACUUCUUCACAGGCUGCCCUAAGGCCAAGACCUGCACAAUCAUCCUGCGAGGCGGCGCACAGCAGUUCAUGGAUGAGACGGAGCGUUCCCUGCACGAUGCAAUCAUGAUCGUUCGAAGGGCGAUCAAGAAUGAUUCCGUUGUGGGCGGUGGUGGCGCUAUAGAAAUGGAAAUCUCCAAAUACCUGCGAGAUUAUUCCAGGACCAUUCCGGGCAAGCAGCAGCUGCUGAUCGGAGCCUACGCCAAAGCCCUGGAGAUUAUCCCACGCCAACUGUGCGACAACGCCGGCUUCGACGCCACCAACAUCCUCAACAAGCUGCGAGCCAAGCACGCCCAGGGAGGCACCUGGUACGGCGUGGACGUGAACAACGAAGACAUCGCCGACAACUUUGACGCCUGCGUGUGGGAACCGGCUGUCGUGCGCAUCAACGCCCUGACGGCCGCCUCCGAGGCCGCCUGCCUCAUCAUCUCUGUGGACGAAACCAUCAAGAACCCCCGGUCCACCGUGGACGCCCCUCCCAUGGGACGAGGGCGAGGCCGGCCGCACAACCACUGAAAAGCCAGGCUUAUGUCGCGGGCGGGAGAGGCAGAGGGGAGCGAUGAAGACAACCAGACACGUCCCUGUCCCGUCUUCCCCCCCCCUCCCCGCCCGUUUUGUCCCGAUUUUCCCACGCAGCCUGAACGGAGCCACUUUCCGCGUUCCUGAGCCCUCUGGGCGCUAUCGAGUUUUGUGGAGGUCAUUUGCUCCCUCCAAAUUCCAGGGAGGAUUUUCCUCGGAGUGCUGACAUCCAGGCCUCCGCCUUCCUCUCCUGGUUUCUAAAGCCCCUCACCCACCCACCCCCAAAGAAAUCUCUGCAGAUUUGACGAAAUGCUCGACCAGGAGGCAGUUUGCUCGAGGUUGUAUUUAUUGGGGUUUUACGGAGGCUUAAAACCGCAAUCACAAUAAAUCCUUCCCUCUUCUC